AUGGGCAAAAAACGCAAGAGGCCCGGCGCCGCAACCAACGCCCCCCAACCCAGAUCGCCAGUCAAAGACCCUCGCCAUCCCGUCAUCUCACUGUACUACCCGGAGGUCGUGACAUUGCGCCAGUACCUGCUUCGACGUCUUCCCGUCUCCUCCAAGUCGCGUCGUCGUCGGAUCGUGUCGCUCGCGUCGCAAGAUGUGGCGGGCCUGGCGCAUCUGCUCGACUCCACGCUGGUCGGAGUGCGUCAGGAGCCGUCUUCCACUCUCAACUCGGCUCGGGUGAAGGACUAUCUGGCGUUUUCCCAGUCGCAGUCGCGGUCCAUUCUCGUGAGCACCGACACGAGGCCCACCUGUCCCCAAUCAGAGGUCGUCGAUUUUGUGGUCUGGAGAAUCUUUCAACGAAAUGUGACCGAGAAGCCACAACAUCUGCUCGCGCAGGGGUUCCAACGGUCGGGCCCUGGCGCAAAUGCCCUGCAGACCGACAUCCCCGGCUUGUCGGUUCAGUUCCCGAACCACAAUGUUCAGACGCUCAAGCAGGCACCGUGGACGGAUGCCAUGGGCCUGCUGGGCGAAAACGGCGAGAAGAUCAUGAUAGAGUUGUUGUUCGACUGUGGCGUUUUCACCUGUGUUGACGACCGCAAAGGCAUCUUCUACCAGCUCAGUGGAAUGCCGUUGUCGAAGCUGGAGCCUGUGGCCGGUUCGCGGCACGAAGAAUCUGUCUCUAAUGGAAAGGAACCGGUGCGUGGCAACAAGCAGAACCCCGGCACAGAAAAGAGACAUCAAAAGCACGAAGCUCGUCAACCCCGUGGUUUGAACAGCAUUAUCUUCCUCCGAAGCCGCAUGCUGUACGCUCGGAUUACCGGCAAGUCCAAUAGGAAGUCUCAUCUAGGACUCGGGAGUGCUCGUAUGUACCAACUCUUCUCAAUCCAAAUCAACGGUGCAAGGCUAAUUGCUACUAGACGUCCUCAAUCGCUGCGCUACAUCUUUCCAAGACAAUUUGGCCUGCAGAACAUCUUCACAUGCGACAGCAUCGAGUGUUCUAAAAAUUACAUGGAUCGUGAAAAUGAGAUAUCAGAACUCGAGGCACGAAAAGUAACGCGAAAGCCCCAGCUCAAGUCUGCUCACACGGGCAACGAAAACCGUGAUUCCCCAAAGCUACCCAAGAGGCUUCGUGGGACAGCCGGAGAACUGGUUCAAAGGCUGCGAAAUCGCCACGCAAGAUGCUCCUAUGGAGAGUUGCUCAAACACUAUUGUCCCUCUGAUGCAAUUGGACCAGGGCGGCUCGACCCAGCUUCACAGACACAAUCUUCGAGCACCGCCAGUGAUCCUAUAUUUUCUAUUGGUGAAAAGCUGGUAACCCAGGUGAAGAUGAACCAGCCAUAUCAGAACAACGAAGAAUACCCUGCUGCCUCCCAAGAGCCUACGACCGGAUAUCAGCGAAUGAUCGAAAAGCCCAAAACCAGAAUGAUGGACUAUGCCACCCCCGUCCCAUCCGUCUCGGCUUUUUGUCGAGCCGUUGUCCAGAAGCUCAUUCCCCCUACAUUCUAUGGGGUAGGUGCAGACGGUCGCGCGAAUCGGAGAAUUGUGCUCAAGCACAUCGACCAGUUUAUCAAGAUGCGUCGAUUCGAGAGCCUCAGCCUUCAUGAAGUAUGCAAAGGCGUGAAAAUAACCAGCAUACCGUGGCUGGAACCACUCCGACUUCACGAUACCAAGCAAAACAUUGCCUUGUCUGACUUCCAGAAACGGAUGGAGAUUUUCCAUGAAUUCGUGUAUUACAUCUUCGAUUCCAUUCUCAUCCCCCUCAUCCGCACCAACUUCUAUGUGACCGAGUCACAGACUCAUCGCAAUCGUCUCUUCUACUUCCGCCAGGACGUGUGGCAACAGCUGACGGAGCAGCCCUUUGCCGAUCUGAAGGCAUCUAUGUUUGAAGAAUUGCCUAUAGACCGAGCUCAGGCCGUGGUGGCACAGAGCUCUCUAGGCUUCGGCGCUCUGCGUUUGUUGCCCAAGGCCACAGGCCUGCGGCCCAUUUUGAAUUUGCGCAAACGGUGCCUAAAGCCAACGGCCUGGGGUGGAAAACGGUCGUACUAUGCUCCCAGCAUCAAUUCGAGCAUCACUCCCAUCUACAACAUGCUGACCUACGAGAGGCAGCGAGAUCCUUCAAAGAUGGGCUCUUCGUUGCACUCCGUGGGGGAUAUGUACCAUCGCCUUUGGAAUUUCAAGAGACAACUUGCACAACGCCAAUCGGGUCAAGGCAAAGGUGCUCCAUCAAAAAUUCCACCUCUCUUCUUUGUCAAACUUGACAUCCAGGCUUGCUUCGAUACCAUCCCCCAGAAAAAGCUGAUCCAUCUGAUCGAGACCCUGGUCUCUGAAAAAUCCUACCACAUCACAAAACACAUCGAGAUUCGGCCAUCUGACCUCCCAACCACCAAAUGGAAGACCUCACGGAAAUAUGCAGGCCGCGCUGCGCCUGCGAUGCAACCGCAGAGCCUGCCAGACCUGAUCACCAGUGGUGUCCAUGGACGGUCGGAAAACGCCGUCUUUGUCGACACGGUGAAUCAAAAGACACACGGUGCGGAGGACUUGCUGGAUCUUCUGGACGAGCAUGUUCGGAAUAACCUGGUGAGGAUUGGCAACAAGUACUUUCGUCAGCGCAACGGUAUCCCACAGGGCUCGGUACUGUCCAGUCUGCUGUGCAACUUCUUCUACGCCGAAUUCGAACGAGAGGUGCUGGGCUUCCUGCGACGCGAGGAUGCCCUGCUCCUCCGCCUGAUAGACGAUUUCCUUCUCAUCACUCCCGAUGCGGGCUUGGCCAUGCGGUUUGCGCAAGUCAUGAUCCCGGGUCAGCCGUCCUACGGCGUCUCCGUCAACGCAGCCAAGAGCCUGGUCAACUUCACCGCCGCCGUCAACGGCACCCACAUUCCCCGACUAGAAGGAUCGUCACUCUUCCCAUAUUGCGGGUGCCUCAUUGACAUACAUACGCUGGAGAUCCAUCGCGACCACGAUCGCAUGCUAGAGCCCGGCGAUUCAGCCGCCGCCAUGAUUUCCAACACCCUCACCGUUGAGGCGGCGCGGCUCCCCGGUCACGCCUUCCGCCGCAAAGUGCUAACUGCAUAUCGCCUCCAGAUGCAUCCAAUGUACCUCGAUGACAUGCACAACUCGCGCACCGUCGUGCUCCCUCGUCGCCUCAGCCAUGAAGACCUACAGCCACAUGAAAUCACUCCGUGGACGAGCACACCCCAGCCCCCCGUCAUCAUCCGCACCAUCCGCGACCUCACUCUGCAAACCGCGGGUAUGAUCCAAGCGCGCAGCACCGCCACCAACUCCUCUUCUUCGGUCUCGUUCUCGUGCUUCGUGGCGCGCCGGCACAUUCGGUAUCUCGCGGCUGCCGCCUUCCGGUUUGUGCUGGUCCGCAAGCAAACACGGUACGCGACAGUGCUACGAUGGCUGGAUCAUCUGGCGAAACAGGCACGCCCGACCUCGGAUGCAGAGGCUCUGCGGAUGGCGCAGGUGGUGCGAAAGGGUAAUGCCGUUUUUGAUGAAUGGCGUUUUUAG